AGAUUUGUAGGCAAUUUGUCCUAAGUCGUCAACAUUUUUACUUUCGAUUUCAGCCUAAGAAUUCGGGAAGUAUAAGCGCAGCUUUUUCGACCAUGCAUAGACUUGACAUAGAAACGCAGUAAAUUCGAGCUGAGUAUUCAUAUUGUCUUUAAACUGUACGAUUUAAAUGAUAAAGCGUCGUUUGAUAGCCUACACUUUCUGUUCUUUUUCCUGACGCGUCGUUUUCAUUUUGCUUUGAGACGCAAUAACUGAAUUCGGAGCCUUGCACACCUGCGCGAAAAAGGUUAGACUACAGACAGACAUUAAUUUCUUCGAAAAUGUUACAAGAAACGGCAGAACCAGGAUGGUUAUCAGAAGAAGUAAAAACAGGGACAACCAUCAUCGCUAUUGAGUUUGAUGGAGGGGUGGUGUUGGGCUCCGAUUCCAGAGUGUCUGCUGGAGAGUCCAUUGUAAACCGUGUGAUGAACAAGCUCUCCCCCCUCCAUGAGAAGAUCUACUGUGCUCUGUCGGGCUCUGCUGCUGACGCCCAGACCAUCGCUGAGAUCGUCAACUACCAGCUGGACGUACACAGCCUGGAGAUAGAGGAGGACCCUCUAGUGCGCUCAGCUGCCACCCUGGUGAAAAACAUCUCCUACAAGUACAAGGAGGAGCUGUCGGCACACCUCAUUGUUGCUGGCUGGGACAGGAGAGGAGGGGGCCAGGUGUUUGUGACCUUGAGCGGCCUGUUGUCAAGACAACCGUUUGCGGUGGGGGGGUCGGGGAGUUCAUACGUAUAUGGUUUUGUGGAUGCAGAGUACAAGAAGGGCAUGAGCAAAGAAGAGUGCCAACAGUUUGUUGUCAACACGCUCUCUUUGGCAAUGAGUCGUGAUGGUUCCAGUGGAGGUGUGGCAUACCUGGUCACAAUCGACCAAAAUGGCACAGAGGAGAAAUGCAUCCUAGGAAACGACUUGCCCACCUUCUACAAUCAGUGAAAAGUGUCUUCUGUUGAAUUUUGACAGAUUUACAUUGCUUACAAACUGCCAAACAUCUCUGCAGUUUAAUAAUUUGAAAAUAAUCAUUAAAGAAAUGUUCACCUCUUCUAAUUAGUUAGACCCUGGUAGUUUGUAGGCUUUAACAAACCAUAUUAUUGUUACCAAACCCCCAAAAAAGUUUACAAUAAAGCAUAAUUUAAUACACAUCCAUGUCCACUUACUCAUAGUGGCAAUUAUUCAUAGGACAUUAUAAAUUACAAUAAACACAGUUCAGUAAAA